UCCACAUCACUCUUUGAGAGUGAGGGAAAAGAGUUGUGGAAUCCUGGAGCCAGUGGAGCAAACAGCAGCAGCUCUGCUCAAUCUAAGUGCCAACAUGUUGUACCUAGAGACGGGAACCACAGCAUCCUACAGCGAGUCGCAGUACACAAACCUGGGGCUCCUGAAUAGCAUGGACCAGAACAUCCAAAAUGGAGGCUCCACCUCCACCAGUCCCUACAACAAUGAACACGCACAGAACAGCGUGACUGCCCCAUCACCCUACGCCCAGCCCAGCUCUACAUUUGAUGCCCUUUCUCCCUCGCCGGCCAUCCCAUCCAACACAGACUACGCGGGGCCCCAUACAUUUGAUGUUUCCUUUCAGCAGUCCAGCACAGCAAAGUCUGCCACCUGGACGUACUCAACAGAGCUCAAGAAGCUUUACUGCCAGAUCGCAAAGACCUGUCCGAUUCAGAUUAAGGUGCUUACCAACCCACCGCAGGGGGCGGUCAUCAGGGCUAUGCCCGUCUACAAAAAAGCUGAGCAUGUUACAGAGGUGGUGAAACGUUGCCCAAACCACGAGCUUAGCCGCGAGUUCAACGAUGGUCAGAUAGCCCCUCCAAGCCAUCUGAUCCGCGUGGAGGGCAACAGCCAUGCCCAGUAUGUGGAGGACAAUAUCACAGGUCGCCAGAGUGUUCUGGUACCCUACGAGCCCCCUCAGGUGGGUACAGAAUUUACCACAAUUUUGUACAACUUCAUGUGCAACUCGAGCUGUGUAGGGGGAAUGAACCGACGUCCCAUCCUCAUCAUCGUUACUCUGGAAACCAGAGAUGGUCAGGUACUAGGUCGCCGUUGCUUUGAAGCCAGGAUCUGUGCUUGCCCAGGCCGAGACCGCAAAGCGGAUGAGGACAGCAUCCGCAAGCAACAUGUAACGGAUAGCACAAAGAGCAGUGAGGCUUUCCGCCAGGCUUCCCAUGGCAUACAGAUGUCCUCUAUCAAGAAGAGAAGAUCUACAGACGAGGAAGUGUUUUGUUUGCCUAUUAAAGGUCGUGAAAUUUAUGAAAUUUUGGUGAAAAUCAAAGAGUCUUUGGAACUCAUGCAGUAUCUGCCCCAGCACACUAUUGAGUCAUACAGGCAGCAGCAACAGAAUCUCCUUCAGAAACAGUCCUCCAUGCCUUCUCAGCCCUCCUUCGGCUCUGGCUCUCCAACUCAUGGCAAAGUCAACAAGUUGCCCUCUGUCAGUCAGCUCAUCAACCCUCAGCAGCGCAACACACUCACCCCGUCCAGCAUGUCUGGAGGCCUGACUGACAGUAAGUGUGCCCCUUUCCCCCUCGAGGCGUAUUUGACUCCCAUGAUGGGCACACACGUUCCCAUGAGUGCUGACAUGAGUUCACUGAGCCCUACACAUGCACUGCAGCCCCAGCUACCCAUGGUACCUUCCUCCCAUUGUACACCCCCUCCUCCAUACCCGAUGGACAGCAGCAUCUCCAGCUUCCUUCUACGGCUGGGCUGCUCAGGCUGCCUGGACUACUUCACAGCACAGGGUCUAACCAACAUAUACCAGAUUGAAAACUAUAAUAUUGAGGACCUGUCCAGGCUGAAGAUCCCUGCAGAGUUCCAACAUGUUAUCUGGAAGGGUAUCAUGGAGCACCGACAGACCAUGGAUUUCUCCCCACCCCCCCACAUACUGCGCACCACGAGCGGGGCCUCCACUGUCAGCGUCGGCUCCUCUGAGGCCCGAGGCGAGCGUGUCAUCGAUGCUGUGCGCUUCACCCUCCGCCAGACCAUCUCCUUUCCCCCGCGUGACGAGUGGUCCGACUUCUCCUUCGACCUAGAUUCCCGCCGCAACAAACAGCAACGCAUCAAGGAGGAGGGGGAGUGAGACGACGGCACGCACUCUCGUUCUUGAUGUCACAUGCGUUUUUUUAUCUCCCGAUCCAAUAUUUCAAACCUGUUGUUUGAACAUUUCAUAUGAAAUUCCAGUAUGUAGCUUGAAUGUUGUUGAGAGCGAAUUCUAUAUUCAAUUAAAAAUGCACUUAUUUUCAUUAAUUUUCUGUCUUAACAUAGCCGUGGAGAGAUGGUGUUGAGUAAAGUUAGCUUGAGAGAAACCUUAAGAAAUGCCAAGAAUUUUCAGUUUGCUUUUGAGAUUUUGUUUUUAAGUAUUCAGAAUCCAUUCCAAUGUUAAAGUGUGACUGGAAAUAAAAUUGCGUUUGAGGGGCUUUUUUCUGCUGUGGGCCAUAGCAAAUGUAUAUUUUAGUUUCUCAGACUUGAUGUCCCACAGUGAUGGCUGUACACUUUAGUCAAGUACACUGUUUUUGAUAUCUUGGUCAAGCCAGGAUUGAUUGUAUACAUUUCAAAAUUUUCUACUCAGAAGUGUUAAUUUGUUUCAGACGAUGGGCAUACAGUUUUUGUCUGUUUUAUGAGUCUCUCUUUGGGAUUCCGCAGUAUUUAGGCUUAGGUGACAGAUGGUUUUUCAUUUGAUUUAGCCGUAUAUAAUGCUCUUGACCGAGUGUUUUACAGUGGUAACGCUACCAUGACUGAUCUUCUUUGUCUUUUGUCCAACUGUUUACCACUGCAGAUCCAUUAUUGUUAUUGCAUUUUAAAGGGACGGUUCACCUCAAAAUCAAAAACGCACGUUUUUCCGUGUUUUUUGUAGUGCUAUUUAUCCAUUUAGAUCAUUUUGGUGUGAGUUGCUGAGUUUUGGAGAUAUCAGCUGUAGAUAUGUCUGCCUUCUCCCAAAUACAAUGGAACUGGAUGGCACUCAGCUUGUGUUGCUCAAAGCACCAAAAAAAAUGUUUUUGAAAAAACUCAACAGCAAUGUCUCUUUCUGGAAAUCAUGACCCGGUUACUCAAGAUAAUCCACAGACCUUGUUGUGAGCAGUUUCAUGUAGGUGUAGUUCAGUCUAAAAAAUAGGAAAAACGUAUUUUUUCUUUUGGGGGGAACUGUCCCUUUAACUAUGAUCUUUUACUGAUAGAAUGGUUGCUCAGCACAGGUUAUUUUUGUAUGUAUUAAUUCAUGAACCACAUAGUUUUGGUAAAGGUUUGUUUUAUUUGAUAGCUGGCCAAAACGUUUGAUAUAAAUGUAUAUACAUUUGUAUAGUUAUUUUCUUAACGUUUCCCUAAAGAAAAUACUUGAUUUUCAACGAGAACAAAUGCAUCUUGAUGUGAAUAUUGCCUGGUAGCUAUAUCAGCAAAAUAAUACACUGGACAACAAAUGUUUUAAAUGUUUUGCUUCCUGAAAAAAAAAAGAAAAGCUUAUGAUAGACAAUGUCAAGCCGAACACAAAAAUAAUUUCAGAUUUGCUGUAUCACGUAGGAAUAUGGAGAAACAUUAAAAUAACUUUUAUUGAAUUUAACAUGUUUAAUCGCAUAAUGAUGCUGACACAUUGUGUUAGUUUAACUGAGCUUAAAAUGUUUUGCAGCUGAUUUUCGUUUGUACUCAGCAUCUGGUGCCUCUCGUGUCAGUGUCCAACAAUAGUCGGCCAGCAUUGAUGGAUUUCAGUUGCCCUGAUACCUCUUUUCCAUGGUCACAAUGUCCUGGUGAAACCUUUCACCAUGUUCGUCACUGACUGCACCAAGAUCAGCAGGGAAGUCCAAGUGUGAAUGCAGAAAAAGAAUUUUCAAUGUCAUGUUGCACUUCAUUUUGUAUGCUUUAAGCAUGUUGUCAAGCAGCUCAGUGUAGUUUGGUGCUCUGUAGUUGCCAAGAAAAUUCUUAGCAACAUCCUUAAAUGCCUACCAUGCUAUUUUCUCUGGCCCCGCUAGCAGAUCUUCUAACUCCCUGUCAUUGAUGACCUGUCUGAUUUGUGGACCAACAAAAAUACCUCCCUUAAUCUUGGCAUCAGUUAUUCUUGGGCACGUCUGUCUCAAAUAGCGGAAUUCAUCACCUCUUUUGUUCGUUGCUUUCACAAAAUGUUUCAUCAAUCUGAGUUUUAUAUUAAAAGGAGGCAGAAAUAUCUUUGUUGAGUCAACAAGUGGUUUAUGCACCAUACUUUUCUGCCCCGGAAUGAAAUGCUUAUGGAGCAGCCAGUUCUUUUUAAUGUCUGUCUAAUUUAAUGUUCUUGACGGUUCCAAAAGAUAGACAUUUUUGUACCUGGUGACAGCAAACCCCCUCCUUGCAAUCUUGAACCAAGUAUUUCUGCUUUAGCUUUUGACAAAUCCAAGUCCCUGACCAGGUCAUUUAAUUCUGUCUGUUUUAUCAGAUCAGAAUAACUAGGCACAAAGCGUUCAACAUCUGGAUCAGUGUCAAUUUCCACAUCCGGUUUAUGCGUUGUGGCAUCUUCAUCUGCCUCAUCUAGGCUCCAUGUCUCUGGUGGCUUUGGUACUGGCAAACUGUCAUCAUGUAGCACUGGUAUCAUAGUUGAAGGCAGAUUGGGGUAUUAAAUAGAUUUUUUAUUUUUAGUAGACAAGCCAGAUACAUUGGUCAGACAGAAGUAACAGUCCAUCACGAGAUCCUUCUGUUCUCGCCAUAUCAUUGGGACUGCAAAUGGCGUUGACUUCUGAGUACUUCUGAGCCAAGCUCUCAGGUUGACUGCACAUUUUGCACAACAUGUGAGGAGCCCGGGGUUUCUCUUGGUCACCAAUUUUACAUCUGAAGUAGGGAUCAUAGGCUGUCUUAAUAAGGGCAGUCAUGGUGCGUCUUUGAGCCUUAAACGUAUACUCGCGCAGAUGCAACAGAAUUUAUCGCAGCUGUUGCAACAUUGACGAGACAUUUCUGCCGUAUUAAGUCUUCCUGAAGACGAUAAAUCCUAUUUUUGUGCAUCAACAUGCAUCCAAACAGCAUCUGUAAAUGUGAGCAGCUUUUAUAGCCUGUCUGCCAGCAUCUAACCUGACUAAGCAUUGCCAGGCAUGCCUAAAGACAACAUUUGCAUAGCACCUACACUGAGUGCAUGCCCAGGCAUGCACCGACCAAAACAGCUUGAUUUGUGGGCAACAUACUAGUAGACUUAAAAGAUGAUGGGAAAUCACAAAAAUAGGUUAUAUCUACAAAAUGGUAUGUGACAGGAAAUUUUUAAGGUGAUUUUCUUCAUCAGCAACCCAAAAUCCAUAAAAUACACUCAAAAAUUUUCAGGAAGCAAACUCUUCAUUGUCUGGUGUCAUGUAUUAAUUAAAAGGAAUAAAUAUGUACCCUUCAUUGGCCUAGUCAAAGUUCAAAGUUUUGAGUAAUGUAUGUUGUUAACGCCAAAUGCAUCUACAAUACCAUAUUUUUGUAUAAUGUAUUGUAAAUAUGUUGCAAUGUACCUAGGCUAUUUUGAUAUAAAGCAAAAAUAAAUAU